AUGUCGACUGUGGUCAGCCAAUACGGUCCAAAGUGCCUUUGCGUAGGCAUUACGAUCACCACCUUCCAACAAUUUGCGCUCAAGGAAGCCGUUCUGAUUGUUUUCAUUGCCCAAUGGGUCGACCUGGAGGUUGGAAAUGAACCCUUGCAAGGUCAAGACAUCGCAUGCGCCUCAUUCCUGAUUGAGUACACCAUGGACACUUCAUGGGCUUCGUUUCACGAGAAAGUCUUCGAUAUCCAAGAUGCUGCUCAGGUUCUUUCUCAGGCGGCCUCGAAAGGCGACUUCGCUGAUACUGUCACGAAGGCACAUCAUUCACCUACGGACUCAUUGAUACCUUCGGGUGUCUCUUCUGAAUUGGUCCAGGCUCGAACGUCAAUUCUAGAGAGCUCAGAAUCGCUCCAGUGUAUGCUUCGUGACCCACAUAGGUUGCUUGAACAUCUGAUGUUCCAGACCCAACUUCUGGCAUCCCUGCAAUGGCUCAGUAGCUUUCAAGUGCUUGCCUGUAUCCCUUUGGAGCAACCGACCACAUUCGAAGACGUAGCUGAGCUAGCCAGCGUACCAAAGAGUCAACUUGUCCGUGUCACGCGCAUAGCUGCUAUGGUCGGUUUUUUACGCGAACCUGAACCGGGCCAUGUCGUUCACAGUGCUUUGUCAGCGCGAUUCGUGCUUGAACCAUUUUCACUGGAUGCGCUGUUGUUUAUCUCCGACAUAGCCAGUCCAACUUCGAUGCAAAUGACCAGAGCCACCAAGACGUACGGCGAAACUCAGCAGCUAGACCAGACACCCUAUCAACUCGUGUUCCACACCACACCCGAAUCCAUGGAACAUCCAAAGCUACGCCGCCAGCAUGCCGCUUACAAUCGUCUCAGCGCAUACAAUCAUGUGACCGACUUGCCAUCAAUAUACGAUUGGCAUAGCCUUGGUGCAGGAACAGUGGUAGAGUCCGUAGACACUAUUCAAGCUCUCCCUCAGUUAUCGGAAGACCUGAAGUUCAUUGUUCAAACAAACGACAUUGAAAUGCACGACCAUAUGCAGGUUCUUUCCCGUCAAGAUCGUAGACCGCCAUCCAGAUCUCUGAGCACUGCUGCUGUUUCACCAACCACUGCAAGACGUGCUACAUCGACGACUCGCGUUCAAGUUCAGUAUCGCACUCACGGAGCACCGCAAACGGUCCAAGGAGCAGCUGUCUACCUCUACUAUGUCCCUCCACCUUCUAUCACCAGAACAGUCAACCAAGUGCUUGCUGAGCUUGACGCUGAACUUCGAGCGCAUUAUCCGGUGCUUCGAGCCACCCCGAGCGCAACCUUGGUUGUCGUGAUGCAUCUGCUUCCUGAACCAGGAGUCUUGAGUGGUCACCUGGAAGCGAACCUCCGUACGCUCGACAUCUUGCUUCACCAGCUCACAAACCAAAGACUGUCAGAAGAGCAGGAUAUACUAAACGCUCUUGACCGCAUAGGUGACAGCACUGGUCGGCUUGUUCUUGUCAAGAAGUCUAUCGAUCGCCAUCGUCCAGUCACAGUCUUGGAAGUCAAAGCCGAAGUCUUUCCUACACCUUCAUUGUGA